AGAGGCAGAGAGGGAUAAUAAUGAUGAGAGAAAAAAAAAAAUGGAAAUAUAGUAGAUGAGUUAGUUUUUAAAAAAGAAUAUAUUAGUAAAUCGGAGAAAAAAACAUUGGAAAUUUAGAAAUUGAAUAUAGACAUAAUACACGAAAAAUAAGAAAAGGAAAUUAAACAGUGCUUGGAAGUGACCACGAGCCCCCUUCCCCCUCCCCCCCCUUGAAAUAGGCCUAGUAUCCCCCCCACAUCGCAUAGGCCUACCACCAACCCCCCCCCCACCCCCUUCCACCCUCCCGUCGCGAAACAACACCCUCCGCCGCCCACGAUAAGCACCGCCCACCCCUCGCCCACAGACUCUUUCACGGGCGGCUCCGAGGACGAGGAAGACGAGCCUAUGGACAUCAAACCCAACAUCGAGGCGAACAACAACGCUGGCACACCGCCCACCUCCGCCCACCAGCCUCCCUUAGCCCCGCCCACCCUCACGCCCGCGAAUCCGAGCGCCCUCAGCAACUCCCCUUCCAGUGUCUCCGCGCCCACGCCGGGAGCCGGUCUGCCCGCGGGCGUGCUGAUGGGCGGCGGGCGACCCAACACGCCCACGAGGUCUCUGGGCGUCGUCCCGCCCACGAACACCCCGCCCAUUCUCGAGCCGAUGAGAGUUAGCGACACAAAGGUUAAUAGCUCGUUCGCUGGUUUUAAUGAUAGACCUAUAAGCCACGGCCUCAGUCUCACCGACCAGGUCAGCAUCACCACCGAGACUCCGCCCACCGACAAGGACCCAGGCAGCUUUCAUGACUCCGACGUGUCUGACGCCGAGGGCAGCACAGAACCGAAGGACCAAGGGGGCAGCGGCGACCCCAAACUCACCGAUGAUGAUAAGGCCGGAAACAAGCGCCGAGGUCCUCGCACGACCAUCAAAGCCAAGCAACUGGAGAUCCUCAAGAACGCCUUUGCCUCGACACCCAAGCCAACGAGGCACAUCCGGGAACAGCUGGCUAAGGAGACAGGGUUGCCAAUGCGGGUUAUACAGGUCUGGUUCCAAAACAAGCGCAGCAAAGAGCGCCGGAUGAAGCAGCUGACCUCGAUGGGCAUGCGGGCGCACCUCUUCGGCAACCCGCGCAAACUGAGGGGCAUGCGCAUGUCCCCGAGCAUGGAGGACGGCUUCCCCUACUACGGCGACGCCUUCGGAUACGGCCCUCAGGGAUUCCACGAUUUCUUCCCCGGUCAGGGGCCUCCUCCGCCGCCGGGGAUGAGCUUCCCGCAUGGUCUCCCCCCCGCCAUGGAGCAACCUCUCCCCCCAGGCGGACCUAUGAGUGACUACCCAGGCCUCGCUGCACUAGGGGGCCCGCCUGUCACAGAAGCAGGGCACUUCAUGACACAGCCUCCUGACAUGCUGAGCCUCUCGCAACGGUCAUCUCCCGAGGGCAUGAUAAUGGCUCAUGGCGGACAAAGCGGCAAUUUCGACCACCAGGUAAACGAGGGUCUCGUCUGGUGACAUGAAGCUGACCUCUGAUGACGUCAUAGACCGUGUGACCUCCUGAGUCAUGACGUCAUCGGAGGCGCCGCCCCCUCGCUGUCACGUGACCUGCCCGGAAGGAAGUUAUCUCCGCCGCCGAGAGCAUCAAUUAUGGAUGAUGCUGCAGCCACAGAUUCAUCUCAGCCUCUGUCCCGGGUGUUCCUCUCUUCCGUGGGGAAGUGUUCAAAGAAAUGAUGCGGAAUAUAUAGAGAGAAAGAUAAUAAUAAAAAAGAUAUAGAAAUUUAUAGAAAUAUAGAUAUAUAUGUACGUGUGUUGAGGGGAGAAUUAUUAGUUCGUGUUAAGGAAAAUAAAUAUAUAUAUGUAUAAGGAUCUUUGAAGAAAAGGAGAGGACACGAAAUGAAAAAAAAUAUAUAUAUAUAUACAUGUUAGGAAGGGACUUUGAA